CUCUCGCCCUCUCUCGGCCCCACAGUCACUUAGGAGACGGGUGACUUGCUGAGCGCCAGCCCCCUUUCGCCCAGCGCAUAAAAAGAACCCUCGCUUCUUCCCUUCCACUUCCAAUCUGCUUCCUCCAAUCAGCACGUACCCAUAGCCCGCCCGCUCCCUCAGCGGCCCACCCACAGCGUCCCCCCAACUCCACAACACACUACACCACCCCUCCUCCUACACACACACACCACACACUCUUCAAGAUGACCGGACGCGGAAAGGGCGGAAAGGGUCUCGGAAAGGGCGGCGCCAAGCGUCAUCGCAAGAUCUUGAGGGAUAACAUCCAGGGUAUCACCAAGCCCGCCAUUCGUCGUCUCGCCCGUCGUGGUGGAGUCAAGCGUAUCAGCGGUCUAAUCUACGAGGAAACCCGCGGCGUCCUGAAAUCCUUCCUCGAGAAUGUCAUCCGCGACGCAGUGACCUACACCGAACACGCCAAACGCAAGACAGUCACCUCGCUCGACGUGGUCUAUGCCCUCAAGCGCCAGGGCCGUACUUUGUACGGGUUCGGUGGUUAGGCUGUGCUAAUCGUCGGACGCAUGCCUUGUUCUACUUUUUUGUUACCCACCCCCUCACUGCUCUGUGUCGAGCUUGUUGUCGUCGCUAUAGGUGGCAAUGGUGUCUGUAGAUACCACGACUAUCGCCCCCCUCGCAUAUCAUGUGGGACUCCCAUUCUUGUUUAUAGGCCCUCCCCACCUUUUUGUCUUUUGAGAAAUAAAAGCCUUCCAGUCCCUCUUUUCUCAACGACGGCGUUUAUAC